AUGCAUAUACCCUUUCUCACCUCGGCGUGGGAUCCGAGAGGCAAGCACUGCCUCGUCACGGGCGGUUCUCAAGGUCUCGGGCUGGAUCUGGCCAAGCUCCUUGUACAGCGCGGGGCGAGCGUGACAAUUGUGUCGAGGAGUACCGCCAAGCUUCAGGCGGCUGCCGAAGAGAUCUCUGCCGCUCGCAUCGACAAGUCUCUGCAGGUAUCCUACUAUGCGGCCGACAUGUCUACUUUCAAGGAGUCUUCUUCUAGCAAGACGGGAGCGAGGUCUAUCGGGCGGGUACCAGACGCAGUAUUCUGCUGUGCAGGAGCUGCCAAGCUGGGCUUCUUUAUUGAACAAGACGAGGCAGAUUUCAAAGAGGGGAUCAAUACAAUCUACAUGACCGCCCUCAGCACCGCACAUGCUGCCGCUUCGACGAUGGCAAAGGCUGGAAAGAAAGGCAAGAUUGUAUUGGUGAGCUCCACUCUCGGUCUUAUGGGCUUAGUCGGGUAUUCCGAAUAUUCACCGAUGAAGUUCGCGAUUCGAGGUCUUGCGGAGACCCUACGAAGUGAGCUGGUCCUCUACGACAUCUCCGUCCAUUGCUACUUCCCGGGCACUAUCCUGUCCCCCGGCUACGAAGCGGAGAAUCUGACGAAGCCGAAACUGACAAAGGUGCUGGAGGGAGGGCCAGAGGAGGGCUCAACACCUAGACAGUGUGCUGUUGGGCUCCUCAAAGGCAUCUCCAGCAACCACUUCUUCAUCACAACAGACUUCCAGAGCGAGCUCUUCCGUGGAUCUGCUGCAGGAGGCAGCGUGCCGAGCAAUAUGUGGCUUUACGAUCGUCUCAUCGCAUUCAUUGCUCUCAUUGGGCUGCCGAUCUGGCGGAUAUUCGUUGCAGAUCGCACCGUGAGGGGUCAUCGCUCGGAACACGCUCGCGAGGUUAGCACCGCUUCUAGACCCAGUCUCGUGGCCAGACUGGCGAGGAGCCCAUACCAGACACUAUUCUUACUGAGCAUCACCCAUCGCCUCCUUGUGCUCUCCUCACUACUUCUCCUGCCAUACCUGAUACCACCCUUCGACUCAUCUGCGCAACUGCAAUUGCCGACCACGAACUCUAUACCCACGAUCCUACGGCCCGUUUCGAAUCUCGUCAGAUGGGACUCCCUUCACUUUCUCGGUCUGGCUAGCCCGGACGCAUUGCCAGCAACGCCCUCAAGCGGGAGCGGCGGAUACCUCUCUGAGCAAAGUCUGGCCUUCCAGCCUGGUCUCGUAUGGCUGCUGAGAGGUACUGGCUGGCUAGGCGGAGAGGCGUCAUGGAACUCCUCUUUGGCAGUGUACAUCACAAGUGCAAUGGCAGUGCUUGCGAGCACGCUUGCACCCGUUCUUCUCUAUCAGUGA